GAGGGCUUUUAUUUCAUUUCCAUGCAUUCCCCGCCCUCUCUAGCUCUCUUCCUACCGUAACUAGGGUUUUCAUCGUUGCCUGCGCGAUGUGCCAGAGAGUGAAAGCGCCCCGCGGCCCUUCAAUGGCACUGCGAUUGCUCCACCACUGCAAAGCUGUGGCGCCUUGUUGGCGCUGGCGGAGGACGCGGCUAAAGAGCUUCAAUGUGGCGCAGAGGCAUUGUGAUCGGAUCCAGGUGCGCCUUAGCCUCGUGGAUUUUGGAGUCGAAUGCAAGCAAUUCAUCUCGUGUUUGUGGCAUUGACAGGCAAGGACUGGUGCUCUUGAGAUUAAAUUGAGGAGCUCUUGCUUUUUCGCCUUUGCAGGUUUCUGGCUGGAAGUUGGGACCGAGAAAAGGCUGGCCGGUUGGUGAGAAAGGAAAAUCUUUUGGAAGGCUGCAUUGGCAUCUCUUCUCCUGGACGGUGAGAGUCGACGAGUACCGCUAGAGAAGGAUGCGAAGCUGCGGUAUGAGUUCGUAGAGCUGAGGCUUGACAGCUCGAGAGAAACUUAUUGGGGAAGAUGUUCAAUUGCACUAGGAGGGCGUCCAAGAAGGUCAAGGAGAAAGUGGAUUUUAGUAUCCAUUUUCACGCGACGCAGAUUCAUACGGCAUGGGAUAAACUGGCUGUGUCCCUUGUCUCCUUGGAUUCUGGAAAAGUGACUGGGAAAACUCGCAAAGCUUCUGUUCGAAAUGGUCAGUGUCAUUGGCCAGAUGCAGUUUUGGAAACUGCCAAGCUUAUACUGGACAUGAAGACGCAUAUGUAUGACGAGAAACUAUACAAGUUCGUCGUGGCUAAGGGGUUUUCUCGCUCUUGUGUUCUGGGAGAAGUCAUUAUCAAUAUAACCGAGUAUGUUACCGCCGCUUCCCCAACGUCAGUAACUUUACCCUUGCGGUUCUGCUAUGCAGGCACUCUUUUACAUAUUAAAAUACAGUGCUUGACUCCUAAAUCCAUAAAUAAGCCGCUUUCAUGGAUUCACUCUGGACAUGUUUCCGAUACCGAAACAGAAAUGUAUUCUGCAUGUGGAACGCCGUUACCAUGCACAAACAGCCCCGCUCAUUAUCUUUGUCGGACG